CCCGGGGAAGUUUGGCGGCGCUGAGCGGCGGCGGGGGGCAGCGGGGCGGCGGCUCGUUCCGCUGCCGUUCCGCGCCGCACCCCUCCCGCUGCGGCCAUGGCCUUCCGCCGGCGGGCCAAGAGCCACCCGCUCUUCAGCCAGGAGUUCCUCAUCCACAACCAUGCCGACAUCGGCGUCUGCCUGGUGCUCAGCGUCCUCAUCGCCCUCAUGUUCGAGGUUACAGCCAAGACUGCCUUUCUGUUUAUCUUACCUCAGUACAACGUCAGUGUGCCUACAGCAGAUGGGGAGCUAGUCCAGUAUCACUACGGGCUGAAGGAUCUGGUUACUAUCCUCUUCUACAUCUUCAUCGCCAUCAUCCUGCACGCGGUGGUGCAGGAGUACGCCCUGGAUAAAAUCAACAGGCGCCUCCAUCUCUCCAAAGUCAAGCACAGCAAAUUCAACGAGUCAGGACAGCUGGUUGCCUUCCACCUCAGCUCUCUGGUGUGGUGCUUGUACGUCGUGGUGACGGAAGGAUACAUAUCAAACCCCCGGAGCUUGUGGGAGAACUACCCCCACGUUUAUCUUCCGUUGCAGGUGAAGUUUUUCUACUUGUGCCAGCUUGCUUACUGGCUGCAUGCCCUGCCAGAGCUCUACUUCCAAAAGGUCCGCAAGGAGGAGAUCCCCCGGCAGCUGCGGUGCAUCGCGCUCUACCUGCUGCACAUCGCUGGCGCCUAUCUCCUCAACUUAACCCGCCUGGGGCUGAUCCUCUUGCUGCUGCAGUACUUAGCUGAGUUCUUCUUCCACAUGGCCAGGCUGGUCUGCUUCGCCGAUGAGAACAACGAGAAGCUGUUCAAUGUCUGGGCUGUCGUGUUCGUGGUCACCAGGCUCUUCACCCUCACCUUGUACAUCUUGGUUAUCGGCUUCGGGCUGCCGCGGGUGGAGAACCAGCUCCUCAACCCCGAGAGAGGGAACCUCUUCAGCUUUCUCUUCAACAACAUCCUCUUCAGAAUGAGUGUGCUGCUGCUGGUGUGCCUGUUCCAGGCCUCGGUGAUGUGGCGCUUCAUCCGCCUGCAGCUGCGGCGCUGGCGCGAGCACUGGCACCAGCAGAGCAGCCGCAAGCGAGCCGCCAGCGCCAGGCAGCAGCCCAAGCCGCUCAAGAGGGACUCGGGUUACCAUGAGAACGGAGUGGUGAAAGCAGAGAACGGCACCUCACCACGAACCAAGAAGCUGAAAUCACCAUAGAAGCAAAGGCUUGUCUGCUGGGGAGGAGGGUGAGAUACCAGGACUAAGAAGCUACCCCUCCUCCUGUUCCUCACCAGUGUCUUGAGUGGCUUGGAAACCUGUCAUCUUCCCAAGGUGUCUCUCACUCUCCUCCUUUCCUUUCCUGCUCUCUUGAACCAUUUGCAAUAAAACCAAAAAGGUCCCUUUCCCGUGCUCCCUUCCCCUCAUAGGAGCCUUCUCCAGCCCUCCUGGGUUUGCCUUCCUCCAUUUCCUCCUAAAUCAGUGUGCAAUUCUGUUUUUCCCCCUAUUUUAGUGUUUGCUUAUUUUGGAUUCUUGUUACCAAUGCAGCAUAGAUAGUUCCAAACAAUCCUUGUUUUUUCCUACAGCCCUUCCUCCCCGGUCUCUGUGGUGCUUGCCAGAGCCCCAGAGUCAGGCCCGUGGCAACUGGAAGGCACCCUGUGGCUGUUGUGGGAACAGGCUCCUGAGGGAAUGUGCUUUGUGACCCUGAGGCUCAGGGGUGCUCCUGGGCAGGGGUUGCCUCACUAGGCAUGUCUGUCCACAGCCGUGGCAAGUGCCACAGGAUGGUGAUGCUGCAAACAGAGGCUGUGGUCUGAAGGAGGAGCCUCAGCCAUGUCUUGUCUCAUGGUGGAGUGCUGGUUAAAUGGGUGUCCUUCAGCCCCUGGCUUUCAGCUCCUUUGGGAGAGCUGGGCAGUGGAGAAGGGAGUCGAGUUCCCUCCUCCUUCAGGACCCACUUUCCAGCUUUUGCUUCCCCCAGCUCUUCUGCUGCAGCUGGGUCCCUCUUACCCUCUUGGCUGCAGGAGGUGAGCUGCUCCUUAGUCGUUCUGGAGCUCCCAGUUCCAAGAGCUGAACUUGGUGCUCUGCAGCCAUCAGUGCCUUGUCAUGGGGCAGCAGCAUCCUCAGGUCCACAUCAAGCCUCGAGUCCCGCUGAGUGCUGGCCUGACUCUCGCUGGCCCCGGCCCUUUGCCAGCUGGUGUGUGCCUCGUGGACCUGGCAUUCUCCUGUCCAGAUGAGCAAACUGGCUGCUGCAAAGAGCUCUGCAUCAGCAGGACUGUGCCCCUCCUGCUCUUGCCUUAGCCUUCCUCACCCUCACCCUGGCGGUCCAGCCGCGCUGCCGGCAGCCACCAGCUUCGCUCUUUGUUUCCAAGGGAUACCUGCUGGUAUCCACCCAAGGUGCUAUCCAACACAGGCUCUCUUCCAAACAGCCUGGCCCCUUCCUCCCUUGCUGAGCUGUGAACGAGAUGACAGGGAAGGGGAAGGAAGCUGGGGCUGCGAGGAGCAGCCUGCGUGCUAGGAGGAGCCUGACCUGUGAUGCACGAUGGCAGAUGGAGUUGUCUCAAAUCUACCUCAGAGGCCAUCUGUUGCUGCAGACCACUUUCUCCUCUUGCUCCUGCCCGCUGCCACUUGGACGUGCUGGCAGGAGAUCUGUGGGAACUCCAGAUCCUGCUGGCUGGGUCCCCAGCUGCCUCUCUGCUGAGGGAGCAGCACCUGCUGCCCAGGGUGCCAUGAAUCAGUACCAGCUCACCAAGCUUCUUUAAGGUGCCAUGCACCAGCCUAGGUUUGGUGCAGUAGAUGGGCACCCAUCUGUCCCCCACAGCUCUCCUCUGGAGCAGAUUCUGUAGCUGGGCUUUGCUGUUGGUGCCUCUUGUGCAGCAAAGCCAGCUGUAGCUUUAGUUCUUCUCCACAGCAGGAACGGGUGAGUGGUGGGCAAGGCGUGGGGGCACAGAGCUGCGGGGAGCUGGGCUGCUCUUUGGUAUGCAGGCCAGGGUUCAGAUCCACCUCGAGGGUGAGGCAGGGACGAGGUCCUUCAUGUGCCUCUUGCUCAAGCCUUUGGGCAGCUGAUCUGUGGCUCUCUCCAAGUGCAAUCCUAGCUCGAGGCUGGCACAGUUGUCCUUCAGAUCACUCGUGUUUUGGGGAAUGGGUGAUAGUUGACUUUCUCCCCCUCUUUGAGAUGGGUCAGGGUUUCUUUUCCUCCUCCUGUAGGUGUCUUUUCUUCCUUCUCCUCUCUCCUGAUGCUGGGCACCAGAGGGAGAGAGAAUGCACAGGGACACGAGGACAGUUGGUCAGAUUCCAUUUGUUCCUCCAUCUCCACCACCUCUGAGUGUCAAAGGAGAGGUAUUGGCAGGAGAGGGAUUUGUCCUUUGCCAGGGGGUCUGAAGAAGGAGACUCUGGAUCAGAGCCCUCCUUGUAGCCUUGGCUACAGGCAGCAGGUGAUGCCGCCUGACUCAGAGGCAGCAGCGGUGCCCGCAGUGCCGUGUGCCCAGCGAGGUGGGGCAGAGCUUUACGUUAGGCUGUGGUAAAGGCCUAGUGUGAGAAGUUUUCCCUUUCUCCUGCUUCUUCCCAUCCCCGACCAUCCACUGCCAGGUGCCCUCUGAGAGCGGCUGCUGGCCGGCAUCUCUCCGGAGCCUCAGCCGCUCCUUUGUGCCUCGCCACAGCUGAGCUGUCCGCUCUGUCAGCAGGUGACACUUAACAGCCCUCCGAGAGUCUGCCUGCUGAAGGCUUCCUCCUGCCUGCCUGCCUCGCUGCGGGCAGCUUUUCCCCUUGCACACUCUUGCAGCCUCAUGCAGUAGCCAGCGAUGCUCUGCAUCCCAAGUGCCUUACAUUGCCGUGUAGGCUUCAGCUGUGUGCUGAACACCCUCCCUCUUCACAACCAACCUGCAACGUGAGCUUCAUCUGUGUGGGGUUUGCUUUCUGCUUGGUAGAGCUACCAGUAAAAGGGACAGUUUGGUUUGCAGGCUUUUCCAUGUCUUCCUCUUUCUGCUUUUUUGUUUAAGACCUGUAGAUGAUGGGAUGGGGUUGGGUGUGGUGGGGGUUUUUUUGCCCACCCUUGCAUUUAGUCCUCAGAAAUCCCCAUCCCCAUCCCUUUGUUACACCAAGCGUGGCAGGAUCCCUGGAGUUCUCUUUUGGUUUUGAGCUGAGCCUCUGAUGUAAGGCAGUCUGCACUGUCCUCCCAGAGGAGUGCAGUCCACCCUUCAUCAGGGGCUGCCAUGGGCUGCUUCAGUCUCUCUCCUAGUUCUAGCAACAUCCCUCAGCUGGGAGCCUGCAGUAGCUGCUUCUGUGUCCAUGUCAUGUCUCAGCAGGCUGAGCCUUCAGCCCAAAGACCUUUUCCACACGGAGUAUUUUCAUUGCAAGCCUCAGUGGUCAAUCUUCCCUCGACCCCUCUUGUGCACAGAGAUGCCACAGCCUGACUUCCCUCCCGUGGCUGCUCUUCUCUUGCCUCAUCUUGUCCAAGCCAUGAGUCUUCUGCAGAGAAGAGCCAACCCCAGACAAGAACUCUUGUUCACCACAGUGCAGGCAGUGGUGGAGACUACAGCAAGCCUUUGCUUCUAGCAUGCUGCUGCUGCUGUGGGUUGGAGGCUGUUCCUGUAGUCUGUGUCCAACCUGAGAAGGUUGGGGUUGAGUGGUCUGGAAUGUUUUGGUGUGAAGCAUCAUGCUUUUUACUGGCUCAGCCUAGAUAUCUUGUCACAGCCCAGCAGCAGUUAUCUUUUGGCCUUAGAGAGUUGGGGAAUGGGCUUGGGAAGAGAAAGGGGCAGCAGAAGAGCAGAUGUAGCAUUUCAGACAGAACUCUUGAGUGACUCCUUUGUUACAGGGCAUUACAGUUGCUUUUUUUUUUGGGGGGUCAUCUGUUUGUUUAGGAUCACUUCUCACUGAUCAUGUUUGAGUUAGCAAUAAUGAAGUCAAGUUCCAAUUCUCCUGUAGGUCUCUUUACCCUUAAUUCACCAUUGAACACACAUCUUUUUUGGUAGGCUUUGUGGUCAGAGAGAAAAGACCUGCUCUAGGAUACCUCCAAAAGACUCCUGAAGCCAGUAGCCACCCUGCCUUUGCUGCAGCCUGUGGGCAUUCACAGCAGCCUCAUCUCUUGCCUUAGGUGAAGUCUUGGUAGGUGGACCUUGGCUUGUGUCAACAGUAGAUGGAGUUUAUGGGCUUUGAUUUGCAGCCUUCUGGUUAACUCCAUGAGGAUGUAGCAGAUAACCAUGGCAGGCUUUUGUACUGCGGGGGUGAAGUUUGCUUCUUCACCCUGGGGCUGGGGAGGGGUUCUUGCUGUAAAAGCCAGGCAGAAGCAAGGAGUUUGUCUUUGAGCCUGCUGAACUCAAGAGACCAAACUUCAGCAAAGGAACUCGAGGACAACUUCUCUUUCUUUUCCAUAUUUAUGCUUCAGUGCAAAGUUUCCUGAUUGUUUUGGAAGGGGGAAGGGAGGGGGAGGGGAAGUAACAGUCUCUGCUAUCUUACCCUGUUGGAUUCCUUCUUCCUGUCACUUCAGUCCGUUUGUUUUUUUACAGGUGGUGUUUGUUGUUGUUUGUCUGUUCGAUGACUUUUGUGAUAAACUCAACAGAAGUAUUUUUCUGAAAUAAAGAAAUAAAAGGCAUAGAUUCCUCCA